AAAAGCAGGGCAGCAAAAAAUAUCGACAUGUUGAAUUAAAAUAGUAAGCCAUCCGUACAGUUCUCCGAUCAACGCUCCUCACUGUUUCAAUUUAGCAAUGGGAGUUCCUAUACUUCUCUCCUUCGCAAUUGCAACUCGAUCGAAACCUCUCCAUUCUCCAAAUCCCAUCAACCAAAUCCCUAAAAUCCCAAAUCCCACAAAAUGCUUUCAACUGGGUCCUUCCAUUUUCCCAUGCAAACCCACCUAAAAUAUUUCAAGACUCCAAAAAAUUCCAAACUAACAAGACCCAUUUGCAAGCUCUAUACAACCAAAUCAAUGGCUUCAGCAACUUCCAACACAGCAACAAGCUUUGGGUUUAGGGACCUGAUGGAAACUUUGACAGUGCAUGUGGAGAGAGCAGAAAAUAGGCCACUGAAUGUGCCCUUGAUAGCUCCGUUUACAAUAGCCUCGUCUAGGCUGGAUAAAGUAGAGAAUGUGGCUAUUAGGAUUGAAUUGAGUAAUGGGUGUGUGGGAUGGGGUGAGGCCCCGAUAUUGCCGUUUGUUACUGCAGAGGAUCAGCCUACAGCUAUGGCAAAGGCUGGAGAGGCUUGUGAGUUGUUGAGGAGCUGUCCACCGAUGACCUUAGGCUCGCUUUUGGAGAAGAUUGGAGGAAUCCUUCCAGGGCAUCAGUUUGCAUCUGUUAGGGCAGGAGUUGAGAUGGCAUUGAUUGAUGCAGCGGCUAAUAGCAUUGGCAUACCAUUAUGGAGACUAUUUGGUGGAGUUUCAGAUAGCAUAACUACUGAUAUAACAAUUCCCAUUGUAUCACCGGCUGAGGCUGCUGAAUUGGCUUCAAAGUAUCGCAAACAAGGAUUCAAAACUUUGAAACUCAAGGUGGGAAAGAACCUCAACGUGGACAUUGAAGUUCUGCAGGCCAUACGUGUAGCCCAUCCUGAAUGCUGCUUUAUCCUGGAUGCUAAUGAGGGAUACAAACCCAAGGAGGCUGUUGAAGUUCUUGAAAGAUUACAUGAAAUGCAGGUUACUCCUAUUCUCUUUGAGCAACCAGUUCAUAGAGAUGACUGGGAAGGCCUUGGCCAUGUUACUAAUAUUGCAAAAAGCAAAUACAAGGUAUCUGUUGCAGCUGAUGAAAGCUGUCGAAGUUUAGCUGAUGUGAGAAGAAUAGCAGAAGGAAAUCUUGCAGAUGUCAUUAACAUCAAGCUUGCCAAAGUAGGAGUAGUUGGGGCACUUGAAAUUAUUGAGGUAGCCAGGGCAUCGGGUUUGGAUCUAAUGAUUGGUGGUAUGGUUGAGACUAGGUUGGCCAUGGGCUUUGCAGGUCACCUUGCUGCUGGCCUUGGGUGUUUUAAGUUUAUUGACCUGGAUACACCCCUUUUGCUAUCAGAAGAUCCUGUUCUUGGCGGUUAUGAAGUACUGGGUGCUGUAUACAAAUUUACAAAUGCUAGAGGCCAUGCUGGUUUCCUUCACUGGGACAAUAUUGUAUGAUAUACUGCUACAUUAUUGGCAGAGAUCAAUAUUUCGAUCGCUGAGGUGAUUUAGAGCUUCUCACAGAUGGUGUCUGAAAAAUCCUUGAUGUUAAUAAGAGUGGUUGGCCAUCAACAUCUUAAAGCCUUGUAACAAAUGAAGAAAUCAGCAGAAGGGGUCCGCAAGCUUAUGGAUUGCUGGUGAGAUGAGCAGAACUAUUUAGUAUUUACUCUAGCAAUUUUAGUUUAGGUUAUUUCUGCAGCCAUUGCCCGGAAUUUUACCAUGUAAUUGCAAAUGCUGGAAUCAAAACACGUCUAGUUUGUGCUGUUUGUGUUGACAAGUGAAUUAUGUUAAUUGUUUCA